UGAACAUGUAGAGACUUUUAAUUUGAAGGUCUGUGCCAUCUUGACAUCGCUUCUUGGCGUUGAAGAUGAGCUCAACUCCAGUGCUUUCUGUCGACAUCUAAUGAAUCUCGGCACCUGAAGACAUUAUAUGUGUCACCUGGAGAAAGAUGAUAAUGGCAGAUGACAAGGACGUGCUCCGAGAUGUGUGGUUCGGCAGGAUCCCGGCCUGUUUCACCCUGUCUCCAGAGGAAACCACAGAGAGAGAGGCAGAACCCUACUAUCUGCUCCUCCCACGGGUCAGUUACCUGACGCUAGUCACUGAUAAAGUCAAGAAACAUUUCCUCCGAGUCAUGAAGGCUGAAGACGUGGAGGAGAUGUGGUUUGAAUAUGAGGGAACGCCUCUCAAGUGGCACUAUCCCAUUGGCGUGUUGUUUGAUCUCCAUGCUUCAAACACAGCUCUGCCCUGGAACGUCACAGUGCACUUUAAGAACUUCCCUGAACGCGACUUGCUUCACUGCGCAUCGAACUCCGUGAUAGAAGCGCAUUUCAUGUCAUGCAUUAAAGAGGCAGAUGCACUCAAACACAAAAGCCAAGUCAUCAACGACAUGCAGAAAAAAGACCAUAAACAACUGUGGAUGGGUCUGCAGAACGAUAAAUUCGACCAGUUCUGGGCAAUGAAUCGUAAACUCAUGGAGUAUCCUACCGAAGAGGGAGGCUUCCGCUAUAUUCCCUUUAGAAUAUAUCAGACGAUGAGUGACAGACCGUUCAUCCAAAAGCUCUUCCGACCAGUGUCUCCUGAGGGCCACACGCUUACGUUGGGAGACCUGCUAAAGGAGUUGUUUGCUGCUGCCAUAAGUGCGGAAGACGAGCCAAAGAAAUUCCAAGUUAUGAUUCACGGCAUUGAACCGCUGCUGGAAACACCCAUCCAGUGGUUGAGCGAACACUUGAGCCACCCAGACAACUUUCUCCACAUCAGCAUCAUCCCAACACCAAGUGACUGAUUCCAGAGGAUCCAGUCGUCCGGUGAUGGAGAAUUAGGGAUAAAAGAUUUGCAGAAACGUUCUGAUGGCACACCUGUUUUCUCAUUCUCAUCCCUGCAGUGGCCUUAUCGAGUGAUGGUCAUUAAACAUCAGAAUCCUGUGCACUUCACAUGAACGAGACGCUCUUGGUUCAUUUAGAGCUCUCGGAUUGGUCCCGUGUUCUCGCUGCCUUUAAUAUUCUUACAUUCU